AUGGCUCAAUCUCAGACGCCAGAGAGCUUCGCAAAUGACGAGAAGCUCGUGCCGCCUCACGUGUCCGUCAAGGAAAAACAUGCUUUAUCUCAGUCGCAGACUUCCCAACUGGAAAACGACGGUCGCCAGCCAGUCCCACUGAGCUGGAAGCUCGCCUCCAUCGUCCUCGUCACCGCAAUUGGCUUCGGGUCGCAAUGGAGCUCUGGUGUGACCUCAGCCAUGAAAAGCACCAUCAAGAAAGAACUGCACGUCAACAACACCCAAUUCUCUCUCUUGGAAGCUAGCGAGGACUUCAUGGUCACUGCUUUAAUGCUUGUUAGUGGUAUCGUAACCGACAGAAUUGGUGGAGCCGGCGCGAUGUUGUACGGCAAUCUUAUCUAUUCGAUCGGAUCAAUUUUGGUAGCUGGAGCAGCACAGACUCGAUCAUACAAGUUCAUGAUGGCUGGCAGGGUCGUGCGAGCUCUCGGUGAUAUCGCCACCCAAGUUGCCCAGUACAAGGUCUUCUCGUCUUGGUUCGCCCCGGGAAACGGAUUCGCCUCAACCUUGGGCUUCGAAUUAGGCAUUGGUAAAAUCGGUGCCUUUGCCGGCAAGUCUUCAGCAAACAUUAUCUCCAAGAGACUCGGCUUUGCCUGGGUUUUCUGGAUUGCGGUAUUUAUGAACAUCUUCACCAACGUCAUGACCGGUGUCUUCUACUUCUUCACCAAAGUUGCCAAUCGUCGCUAUCACGGUAUCAAUGAUCCAGCCACUGGAGAGAAGCUUACUGAAAAGACGCGCAAGUUCGAAUAUCGCAAGGUCUUGGAACUGCCGUGGACAUUCUGGGCUGUCAUGGGCUUCUCUUUGUUUGAAACAAGCGCCGCUAUUGUGUUCCUGCAGAAUGCUACAGAACUUGCUGAACAGAGAUUUGGCACCGAUUCCAUUGCAGCCGGAUGGUACAGUUCCGUUUUGCAAUACUCAGGUUUCUUUGUGGUUCCCUUGCUGGGAGUAUUCCUCGACCUCUAUGGAAGCCGCAUUUCCGUCUUGGUGUUUUGUGGUAUUGGCAUGUUUAUCUCGAUGCUUCUGGUAUGUUUCUCAGGUGCUGUCAAAGGAACAGCUGCAUCAUUUGGCGUCUUCGCGUUCGCGUAUUGUUUCGGUCCGACCACGAUUAUCGAUAGCACACGUACAUCAAUGUGGGACAGCACUGUCUUUGGCUCCGCUUAUGCCAUCAAGAUCACAAUGAACAAUGCAAUGAAUAUAAUUGUGCGAAUUAUCACCGGAAAGAUUCAGGACGCUGACAAUAACUCGUACGAUAAGGUGACGAUCGUCUAUGUCAUCCUUGCUGGACUGUCCGUCCUCGUUUCGCUACUGCUCGCCUUUGGAGCGUGGAAAUCGGUGGACCUUGGACACCUCCAAUGGUCACGAAAGAAGAGAAUUGCACAGGGAGCCUUGCUCAACGAAAGGAAGGACAUUUUCACCAAGGAGAACGGCGAAAAGAACAGGCGGGUUUCUCUGGCUUGCUUUGCCAUCUUGAUUCUGUUGAUCAUCGGUAGCUGGUGCGGAUACUUCUGGGGAGUUGCCACUGGAAAUAAUGAUUAAGUUAGUUGUAGCACAGGCUUCUAAGCUUGUCGGCGUCUCGAGUUUGAAUAGUCUGGGGCGAGAGCUGUUUGUCUAUCGACAGUUCGAACUACAAGAUGACAAUAGACAGAGAAAUGCAAGUUCUCGAAGAUUAACGGAUUGCCGGACACCUUUCCAAAUACAUCACCUAUCCA